AGUGCUAUUUGAGACGUGAUUGAAUGUGAGAGGACCGAUGAGGCAGUGCAGAGAAAUGCCAACGAGUCUGUGUCUGUGCACGGAUGGGAUGGGAUUGGGAAGGGAUUACUCGAUUCUCCGGAUUUGCAGGUUAUGCGGGCUAUGCAGGCUAUGCACCGGGAGCAUUCCGGGUACAGACGAGGUGGAUUAAGAUGGAAGGUAGCAAACAAGAGAAAGUCACAGGAUCAAAUCAAAAAUAGGCCAGAUCAGACCUCAGACCGCGGGGAGCGGAGAUCACAGGGAUGGACGCGCAUGAUGCAAUAUGACAAGACGACUGAUGAAAUGUUGUGUGCUCGAGAUCGUCAUUCGGCAGCAGAUGAGCCAUUUUUUGUGCAAUUUGUUGAUGAGUUUGCAAUUCUGUCAAAUUCACUAGAUGUGACUACUCUACACUACAGAAUCAGUGGAAAGAGAAACGUGGGUGUAAUUGACAGCCAGACUGGAGAAGAGGCCAGUGCAGGUGUGCAGCAGAGCAGCAGAGCAGGCAGCGGUCUGGGGUCGACACUGAAGACUCGUCAAAGCGUUUUUCUUUUUUUUUUUCUUUUUUCUUUUUUUUUGUUUUUUUUUCCAUUUUUCGGUUUGUUGGUCCUCACGUGGAAUUCCGAUUCUGGUGAUUUGCGCGGCUCAGGUUGUCAAAAACCCAAAACAAACCGGUGGCUGCUCGUUGCCAAACUCUCGCUUGCCGAAAAUGUGGACAGUGCAUUUUGCAGCAUGGAAAGAAGAAGAGAGUGAAGGCCGAGGAGAGAAGAGGGAGCCUGAACACAGCCGAUAGAGCGGGCGGGAGCAGGGUCCUCGGGACGUAGAGGCCAGCUGCCUCCACACCUGUUGUUGCUUACUACCAUGCUCUGAUCUGACUUGCUGCUCUUUCUAUAUUUUCUUUUGUUCUCUUUUAUAUUUUCUACAUUCAGAACUAGGAAAUUGGUUUGUGAGGCAGGAAAAGCCACGGGUCUCUUUCGAACCCUAAUAUACAGGGGAUUG